AUGUGCGACGCAAAGAAAGAGAGCGUAAAAGAGUUCUACGGAAAGUUAAAAACUGAAGAUUUUUCGGAUAGUUUGAAUGAGACUUUGCAAGCUUGCAACCGGCCAAAGUGCGGCCUCCCGAAGCGAGUAAGAGAGGCGCUGAAAAAUGUCCACGAAGAAGUUCAGAAGAGAUACUUUGGCUGUGGGCUUUGCAUUCCGCCGGUGCUUGAGGGUUGUACCGUUGUCGAUCUUGGUUGUGGAGCAGGCAGAGAUGCAUUUGCAAUUUCUCAACUUGUCGGCGAGUCAGGGAAAGUCAUUGGAGUUGACAUGACUGAAGAGCUCCUUCAAUUCGGCGAAAGGCAUAAAGAAUGGCAUCGCGAAAAAGCGCAACAUAAGGCUUCCAAUGUGGAGUUCAAGCAGGGUUACAUCGAGAAACUCGGCGAAUUGGGCUUCGAGGACAAUUCUGUCGAUGUGAUGAUCUCCAAUUGCGUCAUCUGCUUGACUGCUGUCAAGGAAGAUGUUUUCAAAGAGGUCGCCAGGGUUCUCAAGCCCGGAGGGGAGAUUUAUUUCAGCGAUUGUUACGGAAACAAGCCAGUCUCAAAAGAAGCUCAAGACUCGGACAAGCUGUGGGGAGAAGGAGCAGGUGCGAUGGUUUGGAGCGAGCUUGGCGAAAUCUGCGAAAAGUUCGGCUUGUCGAUUCCUUACAUGCAAAGCGCUUCGCCGUAUAAAUUUGGGGAUAAUGUGAAAGAUCUUUUGGGCGAUGUGAUAUUUGCUGCUGUGACUUGGAGAAUCAUCAAAAAGCCGGAAAAUGAAGAAAAGGGUUUGUGGCUCGCUACUUACAAUGGAGAAAUCGAAGAAAUCUGCAGUUUCCAGCUCGCCCAAAACCUCAAGUUUCCGAAAAACACGCCGGUCCUCGUCCACUCCUCGACCGUUUCCGAACUCAAAUCAUCCCGCUACUCCAAAUUCUUCACCUUCCAAAAAGUCGAAAACGAAUCUGCCUCGCGUCAACUGAAUCCAUUUGAUUUUAUUUGA